AUGUUCCCAAAGGCAGCUCUGCUUCUGGGGCUCACUGUCGUGGGCAUUCACGUCCGGACCAUUCAAAAGGAAUUUGUAGACAUUAGUAAGGACCACGAUUAUUUUGCAGUGUCUGUGGAGUUCGCCGUGGCUUGGUUCAACAGUGGCCAUGAGGAGGGGCACACGUACAAGCUGCUGGAGGUCAGGCGAGCCCAGCAAAAGAACUGGACAAUGAUAAUAUAUUUAACGGACCUGGAGCUGGGCCGCACAAUUUGUAAAAAAUACGACGAAGACAUUGACAACUGCCCCUUGCAAGAAGGCCCAGAAGAGAAAAAGGUGAGCUGCACUAUCACUGUGGACUCACGGCCAUGGUUUACCCAGUUCACCCUCCUGAACAGCACCUGCCGCCAGCAGAAAUGGGGGGAGGAGUUCCCGGCUCCCACAGCAGCUCCUUUCCUCCUGAAGAAUGAGGCACCCGGCCUGGCCUUCAUGGCCGUCAACACUGAUGACUAG